AUGGAGUUCAAGGACUACUACAAGACGCUCGGCGUGGAGAAGACGGCCACGCCAGAGGAGAUAAAAAAAGCGUUUCGCAAGCUCGCGCGCAAGUUCCACCCCGACGUCAGCAAGGUACCGGACGCGUCUGCACGGAUGGCGGAGGUGAACGAGGCCAAUGGAGUUCUGUCAGAUCCUGAAAAGCGCGCCGAAUACGAUCAGCUGUUAGCGCAGCCACAAAGCGCUCGCGAGUUCCGGCCUCCACCAGGCUGGCAACAAGGCUUCGACUUCACAUCUGUUGGCGGAAACGCGCAGCACAGCGACUUCUUUGAGGAGUUGUUCGGGCGGGCCAACCGCACGCGCCGGGGCGGGGCGCGUCACCCUGAAGGACCAAUUCCGGGUGAGGCUCGACACACACGCAUCGAACUCGAACUACUGGAUACCUAUCUUGGCGCGGUGCGCAUGCUGGAGCUAGACGCAGUGCGUAUUGACGAUCAAGGCCAACCCAGGCGCGAGAAACGCCAACUGGAAGUUCGGAUACCGAAGGGAGUACGGGAGGGUCAGCACAUCCGGUUGGCUGGGCAGGGUAGUCCAGGCGUCAACGGCGGCCCACCCGGCGACCUACUCCUGGAAGUGGUGAUCCGCGCAAAUACCAAGUGGCGUGCCGACGGUAAGGACGUACACGGUCGCCUAUCGCUGUCUCCUUGGGAAGCCGCGCUUGGAGCGUCAGUGAUGGUGCGACUGCCAGCGGACGACGCUGUGGAGGUAACAGUCCCUGGCGGCUGGACGCCUGGCAAAAAGCUGCGGCUGAGGGGUCGUGGAAUCCCCGCAUCCGAACCCGGUGACCUUUACCUGGUGCUGGAAGUCGUCUUGCCGGCCGCUGCCACCGACGGACAGCGCGACGCGUACUCGGCCUUGGCGCACGCAUUUCCCGGAUUUGACGCGCGGACAGUCGCAGGAGCGUGA